CGCACGUGAUAGCCUGGGUACGGUUAAAGGCAGCUAAAAGUGUGUCAAGCCCUAGCUAGGUUCAUCCUUCGUGAAUAAAUAAAUGGCUCUAGUAUUCAUGCGCCUCCAGGGCUGUAUGUCUAUCUACACCUUGUCCUCUCCUGCACCUCUAUAUAUCCAAGCCUGUUCUGCGGCCGAUGAUGUGCAUGCGCGCAAUCUAUUCAGACGGCAACGAACCGACGCUGGGCCAAUCCCUUGUUGGUGGUGCAUUUGUCAAAGGAACUGGGGACAACGCAGACACCUGUUAUGCGACCGAACAAGAGAUCCUGGUGUCAGUCUCUCUAGAUUCAUCUAGAACCCCGCUGUAGUCUUGACUCGCCCCAGCUUCAUGGGCGACAUGCCAUGAAACGUGGGAGAUCAUCACCGUAGUAGCGGACGGAAGCCGGAGCUUCGAGAUAUGUGCGACCUCGCAUCUUGUACAACCAUGUUUAUUUUCGACCUCUAACGUUCUGUCUACCAGU